AUCUAUCGAUAACUGGCCGCAGCGUUUAAAGGAUUUUAUUACAACCAUUCAAGACCACUUCGGAUAAGCUAUAACUAUAUAUUUUAAUGGCUUUAUAUUAAUGUAAUUAACUUACUCACUGUAAUAUUAAUAAAUGUUAAGCCCAAUAAAAAAUAAUGUUAAUAUAUGUUUAUUUUAUAUUUAUAGCAAGACUAUGUAUGUAUUUCGUAUGUUAUCGUAAGAUACGAAAUAUUAUAGCAUUCAUACUAUCGUAACCUUUACCGUGUGCUUAAGAUAUUAAAAUAUGUUUUUCUAAUAUGAAAUCUUGCAUCUUAACCGUCGGUUAUGAGCGUAAGUGCUUAGUACUUUUCAGCUAACACAUAUUUUUAAUAUGAUAUUAAUAUGUUUUUUUUUACUUAAUAGUGAUAUUCUUUUUUUACAGAACAAUAUGAGUUUAUUAAUAUACAAGGCAGGACGUUGGUAUUGUUCAAAAAAUAUGUUUUCUCCAAAAGUGGGUCGACAAUGAGACAUUGGUACUGUUCCAAGAAGUAUGCCACGCAGUGUCAAGCAAAAAUCAAACUUAAUAACAAAUUACGUAUAGACUAUUCUAAUUCUGCACACAAUCAUCCCCCACCUAAACUUUAUAAAUCAGCAGAUGGUUCUUAUGUUAAAAUAUGAUUCUUGGCAAUACUACGAUUUCUUCAAAUCAGGUUGAAACAUGACUUUCUCUUUUACCAUUUUCUUUUGUAUUUUUUUUUUAUCUAAAUUAAGUCCUCAAGACUUUUUAACAUGCCCGUCCCAUCACAGCCUUAUGAGUUUAAAUAUUAAAAUAAAUGUUUGUGAAGUUCAUUUUUUUUUCUUAAACCAUAUUAUAUUUUGAUGAUUUAGGCGCCCCCUUAUAAAAUUGGCACCCAGAGUAAGAGGGCACUUGGAGCCUCUUGAUCCGACUCUACUAUAGAUUUACGAUUGCAGGCAAAAAGCACUACAUUUCGAAAGUUGAUAACAAAAAUAAAUAAAAAAUUAUAUAAUUACUUUUGCGUUGUAUAUCAGUUUUAUCAUUUUUUCAUACGGCAUUAUUUCUACAUGUUCGAACCUGAUGCAAUAGAUAUCAGAUCUAAAAUAUUGAGGCUGAUUUAUUUUUAAUUGGUUAUUUUUUUUUCUGCAGACGUCUAUGAAAUGGCAGUUGUAAACGGAAAAUAUUUGAUACUACAUCAAAAGUAUACGUACUCCAAGAAGGGCCCGACUUUUAAACACUGGUACUGUUCUAAAAGAUUGACGCUGCAAUGCGGUGCUAAAAUCAAGUUGGACGACGAAAAAAGGAUUGUAUUAGCUGACACCAAUCAUAAUCAUCCACCACCUAAAAUUUAUAAAACAAGCAAUGGAUCUUAUGUUACUGUUUCUUAAGUCUUUCUUCAAGUACAAGUUGAGACUUCUAGAAGUAUUGUACGUUAUGUAUUGGUAGGCAUGUUAUGGAACAAACGACAACAAAUAUCGCAACGUUCGCCACUUUACAAGUGUUUCGCCCUUCCAUGGAGCAUCCUCAGAAGUUGUUAGACCUUACAGUGCACUCUUGGCAAAUCCAGGACUCAUAGAAGACUUCUACAGCCUCACUCAGACGUCGAAAAUUGUAAUAAAAUGAAUUUAGAUUUAAGUGUGGUAUGAUGGCGUUGACAUAUUCUAAAUAAUAAAAACCCUUAAAAAUUAAAGAAUUAAAAAAAUAAUAAUUGAUCAAUGUAUUGUUUUUGUAUUAUUGAAUAAAUCGUGAUCCAAGUCGCAUGGAGCUUUUUCAAACUGCAACGAUAACUACACGACAGAAUACUAAAAUAUCGUCAGCUCGGUCCACAGUUAGGGUAGCCAGAUGGAAAGAGUAAAAUAUCUGGGCAAAAUUCCCAAAAGAUUUAAAAUCGGGAUUAGUCGGGAUAAAAAGCGAUACGUUCAUCGUUUGCCUCGCAAAAGUAUAAUGAUUAACAAGCAAAGAUAAUAAAAUUAUUUCUAGGUUGUUUAUAGGUUGAAUUAAUGAUUUUA